GCCAUGGAGUUGGGCGCCGACCGCUUUGAGCAGAAGCUGCCCUUGCUGGAGGAGCUCGUUCUGGGCUCCGACUUUCUGGGUUUGGACAUAGAAUUUACAGGCUUGAGGUCCAUCUUUCCAAAAGGCCAGCAAACAAGUCUCUUUGACUCACCAGCAGAGUGGUAUCUGAAAACUAAGAAGAGCAUUCAGCAGUUUACAGUGUGUCAGAUUGGAUUGUCAAUGUUUUCAAGUAUGGGAAGAAAGUCAAACAAGUAUAUAGCCCAUUCAUAUAACUUCUUCCUCUUCCCUACCACACUUGGGAUUAUGGAUUCAGAGUUCUCCUUCCAGGCCUCUAGUAUUCUAUUUUUGAAUCAAUAUGGUUUCGAUUAUAAUAAGUUUCUCAAAAAUGGGAUCCCAUAUAUGAAUGAAGAACAGGAGAAGAAAAUUAAGCAAGACCUUUUAACAGGGAAUUGGAAAGUUCGUAGUACAUUGGACAAAGACCAAAUGAAGGUGGUGAUUGAUGAGGUAACUCGGUGGUUGGAGAUGGCACAAGAAGGAGACUGGAUGACACUUCCUGAUAUAACUGGGUUCCAGGCUUUUGAGGUACAGUUAGUACUGAGGCAGGCUCUCCCCACAGUUUGGACCCUGAUGAAAGACAAAGGGAUACUAGUAAAGAAAGUGAGCAGGCAAUAUCGCUGGUGUCUAGAGAACUCCUCUCGUGACCAUGAUGACUGCAGGAGGGAGAAAAUUCUCCUCUCUGCCCGGGGCUUUGCUGUUUUUUUCCAGAUGCUGGUAAAAGCCAAGAAGCCUUUGGUGGGACAUAACAUGAUGAUGGAUCUUCUGCACCUUCAUGAAAAGUUCUACAGACCUCUCCCAGAAUCCUAUGAGCAGUUUAAGCUGAACAUCCAUGGCUUGUUUCCUGUCCUCAUAGAUACCAAGAAUGUGACAAAACAGAUUUGGAAGGAACUAAGUUUCCCGAGAGCUUCUAAUCUUUUGGAGGUUUAUGAAGUCCUAAACAGUGACCUGAAUCCUACCAAGAAUUCUUGUCCAGUGAUCAUUCAUGCAAGCGAAUGUAUCAAAUAUGUUGAGACCAAAUACCCUCAUGAAGCAGCUUAUGAUGCCUUCCUUUGUGGAUCAGUUCUCUUGAAGGUGGCACAUUUACUACUAUAUAGAACAACUGGUGGCAUAAGAAUGGAGCCCACGUUCCCUCAGUAUCUUGAUGUUCUGGCUCCCUAUGUGAACCAGGUGAACCUUAUCCGAGCAUGUAUCUCUAAAAUUAAUUUCUCUGGUCCAGAUUCCCCCAGCAACCGGCCACCCACCCUUAUCCUCAAAGUCAAGAGGUGGCCUGGGGUAGAUGAAGAACAAGUCUAUUAUGAAUUCAAGGACCUCUGCAAAUUUGAUGUCCGACGAUUCACCUGCAACCAGUUUCUACUUAUGACCAACAAGUUCAAGGAUGUCAGGAUUGUGUUGCAAGAAUACAGGUAUCACCCUGACUUGCAAGUGACCCUGUACCGAUACUGGAGGCAUUCACCUAAUAUCAACUGCAUACUACAAAUCUGUGGUGUCGUUACUACUUGGGCCUUUCUGGCUUUCAUUCUCGGAGGAUCUCCAUCGAUCAUACAGUGAAGGCUUCAGGAACUGUUGCCCCAUCUCAACUUUGCCCUUGGAAUGCCAUUCUGCAUGACUUGGCUCUUAAGAGUAUUUUAAGAUGGGCUUGUUAAAUCUUUAUGAGGUUUCUUUUCCUACCCCAAAUCUCUUAAGUGUGUCCUUUUCCAGCGCUCCGGUGCCACAAAAUUGAGGAUUCAGUAGCAUUGGCUCAUGGGAAGAAAUGUACUAUUGGGACAAAAGCCCAAAUCAUUUUGAUGACUGUAUUUGUCAGUGAAUUCAUUAAUCAGAUUCCAGGGUGGCUGGUAAAAAUAUCUUGUGAGAGGAGAUACAAGUUGCAUAAAUAAAAGGCUAUGCUAACUUUUUUUUUUUUUAAAUACUUUUCAACAUCAUGAGAAGAGUAAAUGA